AUGAAUAAAGAAGCGUGUGAAAAGUUCAAGAAUGUUUGGACGAAUUUUAAAUAUGAUUCUAGUAAUGGAAAUUAUAAAAUUAAUGAUGAUGGCGAUUUCAAAAAGUAUUGUAAUAACGGAAAUUGUGCGAGUGAUCUCGAAAGAAUUAAUGCUGCAUCUUUAUAUUUGUUUAAUGAAUUCUUUGGGGAUUCUUCUUCGCUUAAGAAUUAUGGAAAAAAUAAUAUCGAUAUUGUUGAAUAUAUUAUCAUAUCGUUUAGUUAUAUGUUAAGCUUAUUGAAAAAUAACGAAAACGACAGUCUAAAAUUUUUUUAUACUACAUAUAUAAGUAAUGAUAAGUAUAAAAAGGCUAUAACACGUGUUGAAGGUUGUGGUAAUUAUAAGGAUCUUAUAGAUAAUAAACAAGAUUUGACAACUAUUGACAUUAAAAAAAUAUCUAAAUUUUAUGAACCAUUUAAAUUAUUAUGUGAAAUGUAUACUGAAUUUGAUGAACACAAGAAAGAUUGCGCAGAAAGUUCGAAAAAGGCUAAUCAAUUUGUUGAAAAAUAUAAAGAACUUAAUGGAGAUUCUAGUAUCACUAAAAAUAGUUCAUAUAGUAAAGUAUUGUGUAUUUUAUUAAAUGAUUAUGAUAAUUUUAAAAAGAAAUGUAAUGAUAGUUCAUUGUUUCCAACGAUAGAUAAAACAAAAAUUACUAUAAAAUGUCCUGAACAAAUUUCUGAAGUUACAUCAAGUUCGUCGACAGCAAACAAAUUAUUUAUAGUUUUAUCGAUAUUUGGUGCAAUAGCAAUUUUUUUGGGAAUUUCUUAUAAGUAUUCGUUAUUUGGAUUUCGGAAACGAGCUCAAAAACAAUAUUUAAGAGAAAAAAUAAAAAAUAUAAAGAAGAAAAUGAAUCAUUAA